ACCCUACUGAUACUGGAGCCACAGCCGUACUGCCAGUACCAUGUCUACCAUACAAAGAAAGGGCAGCAGCCACCUGUUCAACAGUUUGCACACCUGUAGACUGAAGAUUCCAGAGGACCAGCUACAUCAAGAAAAAUCUGUCAUUGCUCAACCAAUAUUUGUUUUUGAAAAGAGAAAACAAACUUUUAAGAGACCUGCAGAAGACACCCUGUAUGAAGCAGCAGAACAUGAAUGUAAUGAUUCUUCAAGAAAGCGUGUCCGGUCUUCAUCUUUUACUUUGCAUACUACAGAUUCUCAGUCCCAAGGUAGGAAUAGCCUUGACUCAUCAACCUUGUCCCAGAAGCGACUAAGAUCGUCAUCCUUCACGGAUCUCCCGACCUUCCCCCCUUCUGGGCCAGUGAAGAAAAACAAUGUUUUUAUGACAUCAACUUUUGUGCAAAGGAAUGUUGAUAUGAACAGUGCAGAACAAGGUCCUGUGAAACAUUCUGAACAUGUUCUAAGACCUGCUAUCUUGCAGCCACCUCAAACUCAAAAGUGUAUAAAAGUAAGAAAAUCAUUUGGACACGAUGUGUUGGAAUCCUGCAAGAGUAGAGAAAAAAACAAAAAUAAGAUUUCUGAGGAGAACUCCUAUUUGCUAAGUGAAAAUUUACCAAGUGCCAGAAUUUCAGUCCAGCUGUCUACUAACCAGAAUUUUUUAGGCUCUACAUCAGUAGGAUGUCAACCAAAUGAAGAUAAGUAUUCUUUUAAAAGCUGCAGUUCUGAUUUCGUUUUUGGAGAAAACAUGGUAGAAAGAGUUUUGGGUACUCAAAAACUCACUCAGCCUCACCUUGAAAAUGAUUCAUACAUCAAGGAAAAACCAUUCAAAUUCACUCUAAAAUUUCCUAUCAACUCUCCAAACUCAAGAACAGACUCUCUUAAGAAUAUACCCCUAACUGAAUCAGCUGCUGCUUUCUCUUCUAAACCAUCACCAAAAUGUUUGCUGGAGAAAAUUGAUGUCAUAACCGGGGAGGAGACAGAACACAGUGUGUUAAAGAUCAACUGCAAGCUUUUUAUAUUCAACAAAACAACACAGUCCUGGAUUGAAAGGGGCAGAGGAGCGUUGAGACUGAAUGACACAGCAAGCAGUGAUUGUGGAACAUUCCAGUCAAGACUAAUUAUGCACAAUCAAGGCAGCCUGAGGCUGAUUCUCAAUAGUAAACUCUGGGCUCAAAUGGAGAUUCAAAAAGCAAACCACAAAAAUUUACGAAUAACAGCUACUGAUUUAGAAGACUAUAACAUCAAAGUGUUUUUAAUUCAGGCCAGUGCCAAAGAUACAGGAAGUAUGCAUGCAGCAAUACAUCACCGUCUUGUUGCACUUCGAAGCUUCUAUAAGCAGAAAGAUGCAAAUCAAGCUGAAAGCCAGUCAGAAACAGUCCUCCAACAAUUUAACUGUGAUAGCUGUGAUGAGGAUGAGGAUGAUUUUACCCAAGUUACUAAAACUAGAUCAGAUUCUUCUAGAUGGACCCACAAACAGUCGGUUGCCUGUUCAUGA